UGUCCUUUCCACAGGGCUUUAUUGAGCUGGAAGGAUCAGUUUAGUAAAAACUGUAAGAUGUGACAGGUGUUUCUUCCCUGCAGGUACAAAAAAAGAGACCCACCCACACACACACACACACACACACACAGUUCUCGUCACACUGCUUCAGUGUCGCACUGGAACAUGUCACAGGGACGUCGAGGACAUUUGGACACAAACAUGUUCAUGCCUCGCGCUGCUUUUUUGACACCUGAGAGAAACUGAACCCUAACAUAAAUUUUUCAGAGGAGUAACGUCUGCUCUUCUUCUUCUUCUUCUUCUGCAGCACACCUGUCUGGAAGAACACACACACACACACACCCUGGGAUAAGAUGAAAAGCAUCAAACCUCCAUUUGACAGACAGGGAAGUUCCAACAUGCUGGAGAGUGUGAGGACGACGGGGGGACAAAGCCAAAGACUGACGGACACAGUGAAGCCAGUGGACGACAGCAGCAGCAGCAGGAGCAGCAGGAGGUGGUGCUGCUGCAGAUCCCGACGUUGCAUUUUUUUAUUUGUUCUGUUUUCGGGCGUUUUUGUCAUCAUUUGCUACACCAACAUCAUGGGAAUGGCGAUGGACUGGAACCCUGAUUGGUGGCUGCAACAUCCGGCAAACUCCACGACUCACAGGUGGUUGGUUCCUUCAGAGACACUGAACAUGGACAAGGCUUUAGCCGAAAUACUAAAUUCCAGCAUCAGAACCACCAGCAACAGCAGCAGCAACAGCAGCAGCAGCAGCAGCAGCAGCAGCAGCAGCGUCAGUGUCCCCGCUGAGACCAACCAAUCCAACAAUGACUCAGUGCCAACAACCCCGCCUCCCUAUGUGUCUCCAGGUCCAUAUUUGGUGGAAUAUCCCUACCAGUAUCACUUCAUCAUGAAUGAGCCGCAGAAAUGUGCAGAGCAGAAGCCUUUCGUGGUUCUGAUGGUCCCUGUGGCGCCAAAAAACAGGGCUCAUCGUGACAUCAUCCGUAAAACAUGGGGAAGUGAAAGUGUGGUACUGGACAAAGUGGUGACGGUGAUCUUCCAGCUGGGGCUGUACACUGGAGAGGGAGGCGAGCAGCUCCGAGAACAGCUGCUGCAGGAGAGCAACGAGCACCGGGACCUGAUCCAGAGCGACUUCGUGGACUGCUACAAGAACCUGACCAUCAAGACCAUGGUGAUGAUGGAGUGGCUGGACGCCUACUGCUCCAACGCCUCGUACGCCAUGAAGAUCGAUUCAGACAUGUUCCUGAAUGUUCCCAGACUCGUCACGAUGUUGUCAAACGCUCCAAAAUCAAACUACAUGACGGGAUAUGUAGAGAGAGGAGCUAUAGUUCAAAGAAGUCCAAGGUCCAAAUGGUUCCUUCCCCGUGAGGUUUUCCCAAGGUCACAUUACCCACGUUAUGCUCUGGGUCUUGCCUACAUCCUCACUUUGGACCUCCCGAAAAAGCUGCUGGAGGGAGCCAAACACGUCAAAGCGGUCUACAUUGAAGACGUGUAUUUGGGCUUGUGCAUGGAGCACCUGGGCAUCAACCCCACUGACUCCCCAGACUGGAACUAUUUUCACUAUGUUCCUGUGCCGUACAAGCGCUGCACUUUCUCCAAAUUAAUAGCAACAACGACUUUUACUCAAGCUGAUCGCAUGGCGAUGUGGGCCGACUUUACAAAACCAGGUCCGUACUGCUGACAUGUGAGAGCUGGACACACAACAGCGAAGACGUUGGCUCAAAGCCGAGUUCAACAACAGCGGUUAUUUAUUUAACAGUAGUACGUAACUGAUAAAUACAAACAAAUGUCUGUUCAUACAACACUGAUUCAGUCUAUCAGCUCCACAUGACUCCCUCUGUGUUUCUCAUAGCCAUUUUUAGAUCUUGUGUUGCUGCACACACGAAGUGAACUGUUCUCAUGAAACGUACCACAAGUUAAUGCUUCUUGUCUCCGCCCACCCCCGCUCUGCUGCUGUAUACACACAAACGCCUCCCCUAAGGUCAGGUCUGAGAGUUUUGCUCAACAGAGCCUGUUCUCAUAUGAAGGACACAGCAAUUAUAAAGUAGCUAUGUUUUCGUGUGCAAAAUUUCAUUUCAUUUUA